AUGCAUGUCAUCCUCACUGGCGCUACGGGCCUGGUUGGCUCGGGAGCUCUUGCUCAAAUCCUAGCCAACAUGAACGCCGGUGGACCCAUCUCGCGCCUUUCCAUCCUUAGCAGGAGUCCCGUGCCCAUGGCUGAGGGCAAGAAGAACGUGACCGUCAUCCAACACAAGGAUUUCGAGAAUUAUCCGUCCGAGGUGCUGAAGCAGUUAGACGGGGCUGAGGCGUGCAUCUGGGCCCAGGGUAUCAGCCAAAACCAGGUCGGCAAAGACGAGUACAUCAAAAUCACCCAGGAUUACCCGCUCGCGGCAGCAAAGGCCUUUUCCGGCCUCAACGACCCAUUCAAGUUUGUCUACAUCUCGGGCGAGGGUGCCACUCAAGCGCCCGGAUAUUUCACCCCACUUUUUGGCCGUAUCAAGGGCAUCACUGAGACGCAGCUCCUGGCGCUUCAAGGGUCGGGCUACCCGUCUCUCCGGGCGUAUUCGGUGCGCCCGGCCUUCGUCGACAAGGCCAACCACCCCGAGGUCAUCGAAGCCCAGAAGGGCCGCUUUCCCAUGAAGGACUAUGCUACCGCUGUCUUUGGCCCCCCCGUCCGCGCCUUCGCCAAGGGCUACGUUUCACCAACCGCGCUGUUGGGCGAUUUCUUCAUCAAGCUGGCCGUGGGUGACGGCGCGCCGGUAAAGGGCGACGACGUGUUGGAAGGAGGGCGCAUCAUCCCGAACAAGGCGUUUAGGAGGAUCAUGGACGAGGAUGCCGCCAAAUAG